UCAGCAACGCCACCAACAACGCCACCAACAACACCCAACGCAACCACACAAGGAAGCGAUGAGCGCUGAAGUGAGCAACGAGGCAGGAGGCAGAGGAGGGGACAACAACCACCAGCUCAAGGCAGGCAAGGCAAGGGAGGACAGCAGCGCCUUGUUGGUGUGGCAGGAGGUGGAGGCGCUGGCACAGCAGGUGGACCAGGAGAGCGUCGUGGUGCUGGCAACCAUGAGCAUCAUGCCGGAGAAGAUACAGACGCUACUCAAGUGCCUCACCUUGCUCCUUGGCAUGGGCCCAGGCCUGCCAUCGCCCGGCAAAGCCAAGCGAAAGAAGAAGAAGAAGAAGAAGAAACAGGUGAGGACGAAGGCGCAACACAAGCAACACACCACAACCAAAACGGACACCGCCACCAAGAACAAGGCAUCAAAGGAACAGGCGCAAAACGACAGCAGCCGUAGCAGCAGCAGCAGCACGGAAGACCAUGACGGCGAUGACGCCGACGAAAGCUCUGGCAGCAGCAGCAGCAGCAGCAGUGACAGCGAUCACUCGGGAGAAUCGGGAAGCUGGUAUGGACACGAACACCACAGCGGCGCAUUUGUCGAGUGUGCCAGGGACCUGUUGAAGAAGAGCUUCUUCACCAGCAUUCUGCUGGAAACCCGACAAACGUUCUGUCCCCAGCACAACCUUGAAAGGGCCAGGAAAGAACUGACCCAUCUCGACAAGCACAGCAUGUUUGGGCUUUCCCGCGCCGCUGGCUUCAUCUACACCUGGUGCAUUGCAGUUGCCUACCAUCCCCAGCCGCUCCCUUCGCGUCGCUGAAGCCAGUGUUUGUGUUUGUGUUUGUGUUUGUGUUU